AUCAGCGUGUGUGGACGAGAUGACCAGUCAGUUUGUCGCAUACGCAGUGGAGGACUCGGAUGUGCUGCUGUGGACUCUGUGCGACAUCAUCGAGAACUGUCUUUCGCAUGGCAUCAAGACUGAUCGAGAGCGGAAUAAAGGGCGGUGGUUCGGCUACAGUGAUACUGGUUCGCAAGUGACACCCUUUUUCGACUGGAUAGUACGAUGUGAUACGAAAGUAGACGCACUCCGAGAGUGCUGCACAGAAAUCAACAUGAUGGAAGACCUCGUCACACCACAUGGCAAGGGCCGUGCCUGGAUGCGCAAAGCGUUGAUGGAGAAGCGCUUGGGCGAGUAUGUGAAUGCGUGUGUGUAUGACGACGUGGAGACGAUACGGAACUACUACAUGGAGAGCGCUCUGGUCCUAAAUCCACAAAUUGAGACCUUCCUAAGUGCUGUGGAGAAGCUCAAAGUCUUGGACUUCAACUUGGUACUCAGGGGUGUAGGGAAAGUUCUAUCAUACCCCCGCCGGCUGCCUACCAUUGACUACUGCAAGUAUAUAAAAGCCGCACAAGCCGGCCCUCAGCCCGAGGUUCGGAGGAAAAAGAGCACUACUUUCAGCGCAGAGAGCUUAGUACGGCCACAGCUCAGCCCCAAACCCGGAUUGACCUUUGCGCCUUCACCUAAGAAAACGAUUUCCCGUAAAUCAACGACGAGUGGCAUUUUAUUAAGGAAAACCCCUCGAUCACCAAACGGUGGGUCUGCGGACGAUCUGCAGGGCAUCAUGAGGAGUACUUCACAACUGUCCAUGAGAACGAAGAUUCCUUCACUCACCAAGU